ACCCCUAUACCGCGUAAAAGAGAGCAAAAAGUUGUCGUCGCGAUUGAGCGGUCAAAACUUCUCUAAGAAGCUAUCUCAUACCAAAUCGAACCUCAAAAACGCAGCUGCGACACGCGAUUUGUAUCUGAUCGGAUCGUCGCAGCCUGCCCCCAAUUCAUUUCAGACGGUUUUCGUAGUAUCGAUCGAACAUGAGUUUCCUCUUUGGCAAGCGAAAAACUCCCGCAGAGCUUCUGCGGGAAAAUAAGAGGAUGCUGGACAAAUCUAUUAGAGAGAUAGAGAGGGAGAGGCAAGGUCUACAGACCCAAGAGAAGAAACUCAUUACAGAGAUAAAGAAAAGUGCAAAGCAAGGGCAGAUGGGAGCUGUAAAGGUGAUGGCAAAAGACCUUAUCCGAACACGGCAUCAGAUUGAAAAGUUUUAUAAGCUUAAAUCACAGCUCCAGGGUGUAUCUCUUCGAAUUCAAACAUUGAAAUCAACACAAGCAAUGGGAGAGGCAAUGAAAGGUGUGACAAAGGCAAUGGGCCAGAUGAACAGACAGAUGAACUUGCCAUCCUUGCAGAAAAUUAUGCAAGAAUUUGAGAGACAGAAUGAGAAGAUGGAGAUGGUGACUGAGGUGAUGGGUGAUGCAAUUGAUGAUGCUUUGGAAGGGGAUGAGGAAGAGGAGGAAACAGAAGAACUGGUGAACCAGGUUCUCGACGAGAUUGGAAUUGACAUCAAUCAAGAGCUUGUAAAUGCACCAUCAGGUGCUGUUGCGGCACCAGCUGCAAAGGGUAAGGUUGCGCAGGCAGAAGCAACUGGGAAUGAUGACAGUGGGAUAGAUAGUGAUUUACAGGCAAGGUUAGACAAUUUGAGAAGGAUGUAGUAAGUAUGCCUAAUCACUUAUGUAUAAUAUAGACAUCAUCUCUAUGUUGGAAGGUAAAAGUGCAUUUGGAUUGUAACAUUUGGGAAAACUGUACCAGAGUUUAUUGAUUCAGGUUCUGGAAAUACAUUGAACUA